GUCAUUUUGAGAUAUUUGAAGAUGGCUGACCCUUCCGCCGCUGCCAACAAGUCCACCGUGUGGGAUGAGCACACCCAGACCUUCCAUGGGGGCCAGGAUUGGAAGUUCCUGAACAACUUUGUCGAGGAUUUUAGCGUCACCACGAACGGCCUGGGCACGCCGGCGUCGGCGCUUCAAGCGGCGACGGACGCGGUCCACACGAUCCACCACUACCCGCCGGCCGACUUUCAACCGGCGUUGAGCCACCUCUCGUCAUUCUUGUGGCCUAAAGACACCGAACUGGCCAACAUGCCGCUCCUCUUGCUCGGCAACGGCGCGUCGGAACUCAUCGACCUCGUCAUCCGCAGCGUCCCCGCCGGUGGCAUGCGCGUGGGACCCAACACGACCCAGUACAAGGAGUAUGAGCGCUCGGCCGCCGCCGACGACCGCGCCAUGCUGGCAUCCACGGACGCGUCCGCCAAGUUGACGUGCCUCGUGAACCCGAACAACCCCACGGGCGACUACUACUCGCUCGCCCAAAUCAAAGCGUACAUUGAAACGUGCCCCGACAACCACACCGUCAUCGUUGACGAAAGCAUGCAGCCAUGGGUGGGGCCGCACUGGCGUUCGGAUUCGCUCAUCCAAGAGCGCGACUGGGUGCGACAUCUUAGCGAAACGCGCAAGUUGGACGUGUGGGUCAUGACCAGCUGGACCAAAAUCUGGUCGUGCACUGGUCUUCGCAUCGGCAGCGUGGUGGCGCCCACUGCCCAGCACGCCGCCAACAUCAAGCGCAAGCAGGUGCCGUGGUCGCUCAACUCGAUGGCGCUGGUGUUCUUGUCUGCGGUGGUCAAGGAUGAGGCGUACUUGGAAGAGACGUGGCGCGUGACGCCUCUGUGGCGCGCGAACUUGCUGACUCAACUCAACCGCCGCUUUCCAUCGUGGGAAGUACAUGGCCAGCCGUACUUGUCGUGGGUGUGGGUAAACACCAAGAACGAAGCCACGGCGCUCCAAGCGACCGCCCUCGCCAAGCAGCAUGGCGUGCCCAUCCGCCACGGUGAACCAGGAUACAAACUCCCGACUUUCAUUCGCCUGGCGGUGCGCAAUCCCGACCAAGUUGCUCAUCUCUUGGACGCAUGGAAGUCCAUCUGGGAACAGUAAACACGACGAUCACCCUAGCUCGAUAAUGCUGUGUAUAUACAUACAUACAUACUAGAGCAGUGUUGCAACUGUGUUCCCAAA